CCCGCAGUCCGUCCGCCAUGCGCGCGCUGCUGCCGCUGCUGAGCGUCGGCCGAGGGUGGCGCGUGGGGGCCGCCGCCCGCCCUCCGCGCCGCGUCAUGUCCCUGUACCGCACGGAGGAGCGCGGCCAGCCCCGCUCGCAGGACUACCGCCUGUUCUUCAAGAAUGUAGCUGGUCACUACAUCUCCCCCUUCCAUGAUAUUCCUCUGAAGGUGGACUGCAAAGAGGAAAAUGGCAUCCCCAGUAAAAAGCCACGAAAUGAUGACUAUAAGAAUUUGUUCAAUAUGGUUGUGGAAAUACCUCGGUGGACAAAUGCCAAAAUGGAGAUUUCUACCCAGGAGCCGCUGAAUCCCAUUAAGCAAGACAUGAAGAAUGGAGAGCUGCGCUACACAGCGAACAUCUUCCCGCACAAGGGCUACAUAUGGAAUUACGGGGCCCUCCCCCAGACCUGGGAAGAUCCUCAUCAAAAAGAUAAGAGCACAGACUUAUGUGGAGACAACGACCCCCUUGAUGUUUGUGAAAUAGGCUCAAAGGUUUUUUCCUGUGGAGAGGUGAUUCCUGUGAAGAUCCUUGGGAUUUUGGCACUUAUCGAUGAGUGUGAAACAGAUUGGAAAAUAAUUGCUAUCAAUGUGAAUGAUCCUGAUGCUGGAAAGCUUCAUGAUAUUGAUGAUGUUAAGAAGUUCAAACCAGGUUACCUGGAAGCCACUGUCAAUUGGUUGAGAUUUUACAAGGUACCAGACGGAAAACCAGAAAACAAGUUUGCUUUUAAUGGAGAAUUCAAAAACAAGGAUUUCGCCCUUGACGUUAUUAACUCUGCACAUGAAUGUUGGAAAGCGAUGGUUAUGAAGAAAUCUGGCCAGGAAGCUAUCAAUUGCAUAAAUGUGCACCUAUGUGAUAGUCCUUACCGAUGCACUCCAGAGGAAGCAAGAUCAUUAGUUGAAUCGGUCCCAAGAACUUCAGUGAGUAAAGCAAGCAAUAUACAAGAAGAAAUGUGGCACUUCCUUGGCAACUGAGGGGGACACUGGAGGUUUCUCCAUCAAGGCUUCAACUCCUGAGGACCCCUGAGGCUCUUUUUCCUUCACUGCUCUUUUGAAGCAAGCUGAUGACCACUUGAUGACUUCCUUUCAAGACAUCAUUGUUCUAAAACUUUUAAAAUAAAUUUGUAAAUAAACACUGGCAUUUUGACCUUCCCUCC